UUCUUGCCAUUGCGGUUGCUAGCCAAUGGCCCUGACUGAACUAGAUGUCAAAAAUGUUUUUCUUAAUGGUGAGCUCAAAGAAGAGGUCUAUAUGUGUCCUCCUCUAGGAUACACACUUAUUUGACCAACAGGGUUUGUUGUCUUCAUAAGGCUCUUAAUGGCCUUAAACAAGCACCCCAACGCAUGGUUUGCUAAAUUUCACAAUAUUGUCAGUAAGUUGGGUUUCUCUUCCAAUGGUCAUGACUCUGCUCAUUUUACUCGUAAAAGAAAAAGAGGUCUUACUGGUAGUAAAAUUGAACGCACUCCUCUUGAACCUAAUGUUCGAUUUACUCCUCAAGAUGGUACUUUGCUACUAGAUAUCUCUUCUGUUGUUCAUUUGGUUAGUCAGUUCAUGAAGGUCCUGUGUACCACGCAUUAUGUUGUUGUCCUUCGCAUUAUUCGUUAUGUCAAGGGUACUUUAUUUUAUAGUCUUUAUUACUCUGUUGCAUCCCCUUUGACUCUUCAAGCUUACUCCGGUGUUGAUUGGACUGGUGAUCCUAUUAAUCGUCGCUCCACCACUAGUUUGUGGAUUUUUCUCGGAGAUUCUCUUAUUUCUUGAAGAAAAGAAACAAACUUUCACAGCUCGUUCUAGCACUGAAGCUGAAUAUCUUGUACUUGCUGAUACUACUUCUAAAAUAUUAUGGCUUGGUUGGUUUCUUGCUGAUUUAGAAGUAGUUCAAUCUUCCUCCACUUAUAUUUAUUGUGAUAACCAAAGUGUCAUCUAAAUUGUCCAUAAUGAUGUUUUCCAUGAGCGCUCGCAUAUUAAGAUUGAUUGUCACUUUGAUAUUGUAAUUAAAUUUAGAAUCAAUC